AUGGAGAAACAAGGAGAAGCGUGGAAAAGCUUGAUGCUAUCACCGGGAGGAAAGGAAACACUGCUCAAAGCAGUUUUCCAGGUUUUCCCGUCUUUCAUCAUGUGCCUGUUCCUCCUCCCUCGCUCGAUCACGACAAGAAUGGAUGCAAUGCUCAAGAGAUUCUUUUGGAGUGGAUCUGUUUCCAAGAGAUCCAUUCACUGGAGGGCAGGAAGGGUUCUUUACGCUCACAAGUCUGAAGGAGGACUAGGGUUCCGACCAUUCCAUAUUUUCAACCUUGCUUUGCUUGCUAAGCAAGCAUGGCGCAUCCUCACGAACCCGGAUGCCCUUUGGGUUAGGGUUCUGAAGGCGCUUUACUUCCCUCGAGUGGAUUUCACAAAAGCCAAGAAAUGGAGCAAGGCCUCAUGGAUCUGGUCAGGUAUCUGGGAAGCAAGGAAGUGGAUGGAAAAAGGCAUCAUCAAGGUCAUUGGCAGUGGGAGGGACACUAGAUUGCUCCAUGACCCGUGGCUGUUUGUGCGACCUAGUCCCCUGGGACAGAACAUCACUACAGAUUCCUCAGUUGUCGCCGAUUUUAUUGAUCCCAUUUCCCGGGAAUGGAGGUUUGACAUUCUUGAGGAUUUUCUGAGCACAGCGGAGAUUCAAGAUGUGGCAGGGUCGCCAAUUGGCCCCUGCUCCAUGAAGGAUUACUGGGCCUGGCGGUACACUGGCCAAGGAAACUUCAUCGUUAAGUCGGCCUUUCAUCACUUCCACCACCAGGUUCGGCGGGACCGGGGAGAAGAGCUGACGAUUCCUGAUUCAAACAAAGACAGAUGGAAAUGGCUCUGGGGACUCUCUCUGCCUCUGAAACUGAAGUUCUUCGUUUGGCGAGCUUCAAGAGGCGCUUUGGCUACAAGACACAAUCUACAUGCCCGACGAUGCUCUCCUACCUCAGUCUGCCCAGUGUGUGACGUGUUGACGGAGAACAUCCACCACUGCCUCUUCCUUUGUCCCCAUGCUGCGAAUGGAUGGAAUCUGCUUUACCCUGAGCUUGCCACCCCUCCUCCUCUCACAAAUGUGAUGGAGUGGCUUUUCUCCCUUUCGAGUACCUUAUCAACCGAUCUGAUACACAACUUCAUCUAUCUGCUUUGGCAAACAUGGAAGACGAGAAAUGAAAACGUGUUUCGGGACAAAGCUUUGAGGCCUUUUGCAAUAGUUGCUCGAGCAAAGGAAGAGGCCCAUCGCUGGAGAGCUUGCCCCAAGAAGAGAACCUCCUCCUCUCACCCUCAGCCUGCUCCACCCCCUGAUACCCCUUUGCCACCGCCAAGUACUCAUGCUUUCGAGAUACACUAUGAUGGAUCGUUUUUUCACGAUUCCCAGGAGCCGGCAUAUGGCGUCAUUAUUACCAACGACCAUGGUCAAGUGGUGGAUGGGAAGGUUGAGCCCAUGCACUGCUUCUCACCGAUUGAGGCAGAAGUGAAAGCUCUACUGAAAGGGGCUUUGGUUGCGGUGGAUCUUCAUGCCCCAUGCCUUGUUCGCUCGGAUUGCCUGACCCUGGUGAAGGCUAUUCAAGUUCAGUCAUGUCUCUGGUCAUGGCGAGCUGCGGCUUGGCUUGGACGAAUCUUGCAAAUUGCCAGUGACCAUCCCGACAUCAGAUUUGAAUGGAUUAAUAGGAAACUGAAAUCCAAGGCUGAUUGGGUGGCAAGGUCUUGCGCGCGGAACCAGCUGUCCUCGGAGUGGAUUCAAAUCCAUGAUGUUUCCCCCCUUCUGUAA